CUUUCAGGAUCGUCCCAGUACACCCGAGCGACUACCAUCUGCUGGGGUUUUCUUAUGGGGGCAAGUACUACUACGAGAAGAUGCUCAGCAUGGGAGCCGCCCCCUCCUGCCGGAUCUUCGAGUCCUUCUCCAGUGCCCUGCAAUGGAUCCUCGCCGAGAAGUUCGGGGUCUGCGACGUCGUGAAGGUAUUGGACGACUUCCUCUUCGUCAGUUUCACGUUCGACGAGUGCCAGCGAAGCCUGAGGGUGUUCACUGCCCUCUGCGAGCGUCUGGGGGUCCCCUUGGCACCUCACAAAACGCAGGGCCCGUGCUCCUGCCUCACGUUCCUGGGGCUGGAGAUUGAUGCUCACAGGAUGGAAACAAGACUACCAGAGGACAAGAGAACGAAGUACACGGCAGCGGUCGAAGUCGCGCUGAGUCAGGAGCGCAUCCCUCUCCGAGACCUGCAGGCGAUCAUCGGGAAGUUGCAAUUCGCCACCGCGGUAAUCCCGGGAGGACGGGCCUUCUUGCGUCGUCUGCACCCGCUUACGCGAGGCCCACAGCGUCCCUCGCGCCUAUGCCAUUUGGACGCGGAGGCUAAGCACGAUCUCGUCGCCUGGCGCUCCUUCCUCACUGAUUUCAAUGGAGUAACAGUUUUUCCCCCAGAUGGCGGGUGGGGAAACGCCCCAUCUCUUUCAAUGUGUGCAGACGCUUCUUCCAAGGGGUAUGGACUAACGCUAGGGGCGGCCUGGUUCAGGGGAACCUGGCCUCAGGUCUGGGGUCGGCUCAACAUUGCUUUGCUCGAGCUCUACCCUUUCUUCAUGGGCAUAGCACUUUUCGCCCCGGUAUUGGCCAAUAAGAGGCUGGUGUGUAAAUCGGACAACAGUGCAGUGACGCUGCCGCCCUUGUUCCUGCGAGAAGCAGGCCUCGCCGAGACGCCGACAACAGUUCCUGCGCACCUCCUGCCCUGCAACUUCACCCUGCAACUGUGAGGACCCUAUUCAACUCCCUGCAGCCAGCGACGAGGCGUACUUACAGGGCUAAGUGGGUGGAGUACGCCGCCUACGUCUCGGCAGGGCGGCAAGGAGAAUGCCCCUUCGAUGCUGCACCUUCGACUCUGGGGAACUUCCUGCAAUCCCUGCUCUCGCGGGGCCUGUCUUACCGCUCUCUGCACGCCUAUCUAGCGGCCAUCGCCUUCGUCUGCAAGCUACACGGUAGGAGGGACCCAACUCGGCAGUUCCUGGUCACCCAACUCCUCAAAGGGGCAC